AUGCCUUAUAAGCUUAAAGCUAUAACCAACUUCGAUGUAACAAAAGAUGAACGUGAUGGAAAGGUUCGUGAUGUAUGUGAACAUGCUGUUUGGAGUCUUUCAUCGUGUAAACCAGGUCACGGCAUUGAUCAGUUGUUAAAUGAAUCUACAGACACAUUUUGGCAAUCAGAUGGUCCUCAACCACACUGUGUAAAUAUUCAAUUCCCGCGAAAAACGGUGCUGUCUAAAUUAUGUUUGUAUACGGAUUACAAAGUGGAUGAAAGCUAUACCCCUAGUAGGCUGGCCAUCCGAGUUGGGAAUACUAUUCAUGAUCUUUUGGAACUCCUCGAGGUUGAACUUCAAGAACCAACUGGAUGGUCAGUAAUCCCGUUAACUUGGCCUGAUGGAUCUCCUCUACGCACAUUUUUAUUACAAAUCGCUAUACUGGCUAAUCAUCAAAAUGGACGCGACACUCAUCUUCGUUCCAUUCGGCUUCAUAGCCCUGUAGAAUGUCAUGGUCUGGAAACCUUAGCUCCGUUUGUGAGUCGUGAAGGCAAGGCUUUUAUGACCAUUCGUUAG